CGGCGCUCAGGGCCAGCGCCAGCUGGAAGUUGGCGCAGGCGCAGGCGCGAGCGCAAAGGCGUCCGGGAGUAAGGCGGAGCUGAAGGAGGAGCUUCAAGAAUGGGUGAGGGGACGGGGUGCAGCUAUUUAGGCAGCAAGAGCAUAGGUGCAAUUUUUACCGAAUUGGAGUCGCGGGAAAAUCGAGAGGAGGGUAUUUGAAGAUCUCGCGAGAUCGAGUGAGUUAGACUAGCCAGAGUUAGGCGGUUUCUCGCGAUAGAUACAGGAAGCUGUCAGCAGGUGGGAGGGAGUGUCUCGCGAGACUUGAAGGUGCGGCGGCGGCCAGAGAGAGGAAGAGAGGACCGGAAGUCCUUCAUCUUGAGCGUCCAUUGCUGGAAGCGGCCUGACUGUCUUUGCCGGAAAUCCUCUUCCAGGGGAUGGAAAGACGGCCCACCUGGCCGGAAGUCCCACCUCCUUGAGCUCCCCCACCCUUCCAGAAGUUUUUCUGUCACCUGUGCUUGCCUCCGUUCCCUUUCCCCGUAUUAUUCCUGUACCAGAAAGGGAUAUUUUUGGUGUCUCCCUCCCAGCUCCAUUAAACGGGUUGGCUGUCUCAAUCCCCGAGUCGGGGGUCCUUCCCCGCGCCCCCAUGUAGCUGGGAAGUGGGACCUGGGGGUGGUUGGACCCCUGGGAUCCUGAAGGAGGGCAAGAGAGGGCGCAGAACUCCGUUUCUGCUCCUGUUAUCGGGACGCGGCCUCCUCCGCCUCUCCCCUCCCGCUGCCAUGCACCCUGCGGCCUUCCCGCUUCCUGUGGUUGUGGCCACUGUGCUGUGGGGAGCGGCCCCCACCCGGGGGCUCAUUCGAGCGAUCUCGGACCACAAUGCCAGCAUGGACUUUGCAGACCUCCCAGCUCUCUUUGGGGCUGCCUUGAGCCAGGAGGGACUUCAGGGCUUCCUUGUGGAGGCUCACCCAGACAAUGCCUGCAGUCCCAUUGCCCCACCACCCCCAGCCCCGGUCAACGGGUCAGUCUUUAUUGCACUGCUUCGAAGAUUCGACUGCAACUUUGACCUCAAGGUCCUAAAUGCUCAGAAGGCUGGGUAUGGUGCAGCUGUGGUACACAAUGUGAAUUCCAAUGAACUUCUGAAUAUGGUGUGGAAUAGUGAGGAAAUCCAGCAGCAGAUCUGGAUCCCGUCUGUGUUUAUUGGGGAGAGAAGCUCCGAGUACCUGCGUGCCCUCUUUGUCUACGAGAAGGGGGCUCGGGUGCUUCUGGUCCCAGACAAUAGCUUCCCCUUGGGCUAUUACCUCAUCCCUUUCACAGGGAUCGUGGGACUGCUGGUUUUGGCCAUGGGAGCAGUGAUGAUAGUUCGUUGUAUCCAGCACAGGAAACGGCUCCAGAGGAAUCGACUGACCAAAGAGCAACUGAAACAGAUUCCUACACAUGACUAUCAGAAGGGAGACCAGUAUGAUGUGUGUGCCAUCUGCCUGGAUGAAUAUGAGGAUGGGGACAAGCUGAGGGUGCUCCCCUGUGCUCACGCUUAUCACAUCCGCUGUGUGGACCCCUGGCUCACUCAGACCCGGAAGACCUGCCCCAUCUGCAAGCAGCCUGUCUAUCGGGGUCCUGGGGAUGAGGAGCAGGAGGAAGAAACCCAGGGGCAAGAGGGUGACGAGGAAGGGGAGCCAAGGGACCACCCUGCUUCCGAACGGACCCCACUUCUGGGCUGCACCCCCACCCCUCCCACCUCCUUUGGUUCUCUAGCCCCAGCUCCCCUAGUCCUUCCUGGGUCUUCCACAGAUCCCUCACCCUCUACCUCUGCAGCUGCCAUCCUGGUCUAGUAGUCCCCUUUCUCCUCCAUCUCUGAUGACCUAUUUGCACAGCUCCUCUUCCUCUCUACUGUCUUCUACGCUGAGGGAUAGGAGACGAGGGAUAGGAGUCGUUUCCACCCCAGGUUUCUCCCUUACCCAACUCUAUCCUCUUGAAGAGGUUGGGGGUACAAAGGGAUGGGGUUUUCAUUUAUUGGGUUAAUAAAAUUGUUUUUGUGGA